UGUUAUCAGUGUUUAAAUUAUUAUCACUUAUCUCCGCUCGACUUAUCACUGUUUGUCCAAGUCGCGCUAUUCUUGUUACAAUAGAGCCGCUGCAAUGUCCACAAUUGACGAAAAGUUCAAGUUGCCUUCUAGACUCACCCCCACGCAGAAAAAUGUUUGGAUAGAGUAUGUCCAGCUAGCUGAGGACUACAAGCCCUUGAAUUUAGGGCUAGGGUUCCCAGACUACCCUCCUCCGAACUAUGUCACCCAAACUUUAGCCCAGAUUGCUAAAAGUGGUGAUUGUCUUCUCCAUCAGUACACUCGGGAUUAUGGUCACCCUCGACUUGUGUCCGCCCUUUCCCAACUCUACUCUCGACUAGUAAAGCGCCCAAUUAACCCUCAAACCGAAAUUUUGACCACCGUUGGAGCCUUCGAAGCUCUUUUUUCUACCAUAAUUGGCCACGUAGACCAAGGGGAUGAAGUCAUCAUUAUUGAACCCUUCUUCGAGUGUUACGAGCCGAUGGUCAAAAUGGCUGGAGGCGUCCCCAAAUUUAUCCCUCUGCGACUAAAAGAUCUUCCACCCAAUCAAGUACCUACCUCUGGUGACUGGAACCUCGACAAAGACGAACUCGAGGGUCUCUUCACCCCCAAAACCAAGCUACUUGUGCUAAAUAACCCCCACAACCCCCUCGGCAAAGUGUUCAAACUUGAAGAACUCCAACACAUCGCGGAUUUGUGCAAAAAGUGGAACGUUCUAUGUAUUUCUGACGAAGUCUACGAAUGGAUUGUCUACAAACCCAACAAACAUAUACGAAUCGCUACUCUUCCUGGAAUGUGGGACAGGACUAUCACUAUUGGUUCGGCUGGGAAAACCUUCAGUGUCACUGGGUGGAAGCUAGGAUGGGCCUAUGGUCCCUCCAAUUUGCUCUACAAUUUGCAAAUGGUCCACCAGAAUUCUGUCUAUACCGGGAAUACACCCAUCCAGGAAGUUGUAGCUAUUGGGUUGGAAAAGGAGCUCGAAUGUCUAGAUCGGGAUGAUUGUUAUUUUAAUUCUAUUUCGUCGGAGCUGGUAGUUAAGAGGGACUUUAUGGUUAAGGUUUUGAGUGAGGUUGGAAUGAAGCCCACGGUUCCAGAAGGUGGUUAUUUUAUGGUGGCGGACUGGACACCACUGGAGUCCCAGAUUGAUCUGAGUUCGGAAAAGGAUAAAUGGAAGGACUAUCGUUUUACCAAGUGGAUGACCAAGAAUCUGGGUUUGCAGGGGAUACCACCGUCUGCGUUUUACACCGAGAGGGAUAAGAGUCUGGCUGAAAAUUUUGUGCGAUAUUGUUUCUUCAAGAAACACGAAAAUUUGGAAGAGGCUGCCAGAAUUUUGAAGAAGUGGAAGUCGUAAUAUGUAUUCAAGGAAAAGUUUUUACCGAAAGUCCUAUAUUUUUGGAGGAAUUUUUAUCUACUCUUAAAUAAUUGAUGAUUAUUAUUAUUAUUAAUAAAAAAAUUAUCGCAUCGACAACCCACUAUACAAAAGUAAUAGACAUUUCAAGUAGCUCCCUCUGGUGGCCAGUUCGAAAACUAUACAUUUUUCAAAAUAAUGGGUUGUGCUGUGAUUCGCUAGUUCCCUUUAGUGAUUACAUAAA